AUGGGUGAUAUGAAUGCUAAGAUUGGGAAAGAGAACAAGGACAGAGAGAAAACAUUAGGAAAACAUGGUCUAGGAGAAAUAAAUGAGAAUGGAGAAAAGCUAGUUGAAUUCUGUGAGAUGAAUGAGCUUGUAAUAGGAGGCAGUUUAUUUCCACACAAGAAUAUACACAAGGAGACAUGGGAAUCACCUGAUGGGAGAACAAAAAAUCAGAUUGACCACAUCAUGAUAAGUCAGAGAUGGAGAAGCUCACUUCAAGACGUUAGAGUUAUGAGAGGAGCAGAUAUCAGCUCAGACCACCAUCUUAUCAUAGCCAAAGUAAAAAUAAAACUUGCAAAAGGGACCAAAGUCGAACAAAAACGUAUAAAGUAUAAUGUGGAGAAGCUCAAAGACCUACAUCUCAAAGAUCAAUUCCAAAUCGAGCUCAGAAACAGAUUUGAAGUACUUAAAGAUGGGCCAGACCUGGACAUAAAUAAUGAAUGGGAAGUGGGAAGAGACAUCAUCAAGGAAGUGUGUGAAGAUGUACUUGGAAGACAAACUAACAAAAAGAAAGAUUGGAUGUCACAUGGAACAUGGGAUAAAGUAGAAGAGAGAAGGAAAAUGAAGGAAAAGGUAAACAAUGCAAGAACAAGGGCUCAGAAACAAGAAGCACAAAACAAACACCAGUUCCUCAACAAAGAAGUGAAAAAAUGUUGUAGGAAAGACAAGAGAGAAUAUGUAAAUGACCUUGCAACUGAAGCAGAAUUUGCUGCAUAUAAGGGUGACAUCAAAACCUUGUACAAUAUCACCAAAACUCUUAGUAGACGUAAAACAGCUAAAUCUAAACCAGUAAAGGAUAAAGAUGGAAAAGUCCUAACCAAUCUUAACGAACAGAUGGAAAGAUGGAAUGAAUACUUUAUCAAUGUUCUAAAUAGACCAGAACCAGACCAACCAGUAAGAGUAGAGCCAGCUGGGGAAGAUUUGAACAUAAAAAUAGAUAAUAUCAAGAAAUAUGAAGUGAAAAAGGCCAUCAAAUCACUUAAAAAUGGAAAAUCUGCAGGCAUAGAUGGAAUACCACCUGCAGCUUUCAAAUCUGGAGGCAAUGAAAUAAUAGAAUAUAUGUACAAACUCCUGAAUAAAAUCUGGCAGGAAGAAAAGAUACCAACGGAAUGGUUAAAGGGCAUUGUACGAGGAUUUCACAGUACAGGUGAUACAUGA